CUCUGCGUCCAACUUUGUAGAAAUGCCCCUGUUUGUGGUUUACGGUCCGUUCGGUCUCGGUGGUUUUCUUUUUGGCCACUGUACAGAGGGGCCAUUUUCAUCCGUCUCUUUCUUCGACCACAACCAAAAACAGUUCGGAACGAUAAAACCGCGGAUGUGGCCUGCCAGUCGGGCGAGCGCGCCCCUCCUCGCAGUCUCGGGAUCGCCGGCUCAGUUGCCAACACGGUGCCGAAGUGCGCGCCUCGCCCAGUCUCGCUUCGUCGCAGAGAUCAGAGAGAGAAGAAAAACACGCGCAUUCUCCCUCGACGUGGGGGUUGCGUUACAAGUUUCACCCCUGAACAAAAUAGAGAUUAAAAAACAGAAAAAAAAGGAUUUUGCGGCUUUUUUAAAAAGUGAAACAAUGUUGAGAUGCAAAAUUAUGAAGGGUGUGACACGGGAGAAAAUCGUAGCGGGAUCUCUUUCCUUCGAGGGACGAUGAAUUGCGUGAAAUGCAGGACAACUUCUCUGACUACGACUACGACGUCGAGGAGGCGAUCUCGACCUACCCCUGGGAGGAGUUGGUGCCGACUCUUAUCGUCUACUCGGCCACAUUGCUCCUCGGCGUCACGGGCAACCUCCUCAUCAUCGUCACAAUCACGAAAUACAGGAGGAUGAAGAGCAUCACGAAUCUCUUUCUCGCAAGCCUGGCAACAGCCGAUCUUCUCCUCAUCCUCAUAUGCACACCGGUCAAGGUAAGAUCAAAUUAUUUAA